UUGCUGGUCCCCCCUGUAAGUGGGUCAGGUGGUCUACCUUCAGAGAUUGUCAGGACUGAGGAGUGGGUCCACAGUGGGUGGAGGCUCUUUGAGGGUUGCUGUCUUCCUGUCAUGGCAGGCCUGGGCUCUUCUGUGGUGUGCCCACAGGGCACCGUCUACUCAUCUUGCCCUAGGGUCAGCAUCUCACUCCUUCAUAGCUGUGGCUCUGGCUCAUGAGUUUGUGUCCUGUGGCUGGCUGCCCCCCUCCUUGGGUCCAGGAUCAGGGAAUGUGGUGGUGGUCCCUGAGACUCAGCACCAGGCCCCAGUCAUGCCCAGCCUCAGAGCUCGCCCCGAAGAGGAAGAAAUGGAGCCCUUAGUUCCUGGACCGUCCCCUUGGACCCCUUCAGUCCAGACCUAUGUGAGCGAUGCUCCCACCAUGACCCACCCUGCAUCUGCAGUUCGUGGUCCACUCUGCUGCAAUGACACUGAGCUGGGAACCAUCCCCUCUUACCAUCGGCGGCCAGAUUGGGACACCGGGAUUGAGAGCAAGGAGUUUCUUCAGAAGGAAGACAUUUCUGAGGAUUUAGAAUCACAGGCAAAAAUAUCAGAAAACUGUACCAGUGACAUAUCCUUGGCACCUGAGUUUGGAGAACUCUGUGAGGAUGUAUUAGAAAGAGACUGGGGAGUCCCUAACAACAUGAGACAGGUGCCAUCUCUCUGUCAAGACGAGGAUUUCACACAAGUUGCAGUGCUCCUUAACAGCCCCUUAGUGGAGAGAGAGACAGACUGUGAUGAUUUUGAGAGAAGCUUUAGUCUGAGCCCAAACCCAGGGGCAUAUCAAGGAAUUUCUGUGGAAGAGAUGCCACAUCCGUACAUGUGUGGCCAAAGCUUCCAACACAGUGUGGACCUAACUAGCCAUGAGGGGCUCCACACAGCUGAAAGCACUCUCAUAUGUAAUGAGUGUGGAAAAACCUUCAGAGGAAACCCUGAUCUUAUUCAGCAUCAGAUCAUCCACACUGGUCAGAAGUCCUUCAUAGGUAAUGAAUAUGGAAAAGCAUUCAGCCAGAAUUCAGUUCUUAAAAACCAUCGGAGAUCUCAUGUGAGUGAGUCCUACCAAUGUAGCGAAUGUGGGAAAGCGUUCCGUGUGCACUCAAACCUCAUUAGGCAUCAGGUCACCCAUGGUGGAGAAAAGCCUUAUGUUUGCAAUGACUGUGGGAAAGCCUUCAGCCAGAAUUCCAGCCUUAAGAAGCACCAGAAGUCUCACAUGAGUGAGAAGCCCUAUGAAUGUAGUGACUGUGGGAAGGCUUUUAGGCGGAGCUCAAACCUUAUCCAACAUCAGAGAAUUCAUUCUGGGGAGAGGCCGUAUGUGUGCAGCAAUUGUGGGAAGGCCUUUAGGCGAAGUUCCAACCUCAUCAAACACCACAGGAUUCAUACAGGCGAGAAGCCUUUCGAAUGUAAUGAGUGUGGGAAAGCGUUCAGCCAGAGUUCACACCUGAGAAAGCACCAGAGAGUUCACACUGGGGAGAGACCUUAUGAGUGUAAUGAGUGUGGCAAACCAUUCAGCCGGGUCUCCAACCUCAUUAAGCAUCACCGGGUUCACACAGGAGAGAAGCCCUAUAAAUGCAGUGACUGUGGGAAGGCCUUCAGUCAGAGUUCAAGUCUCAUUCAACAUCGGAGGAUCCACACUGGAGAGAAGCCACAUGUGUGUAAUGUGUGUGGAAAAGCCUUUAGUUACAGCUCAGUACUCAGAAAGCACCAGAUAAUCCACACUGGAGAGAAGCCCUAUGAGUGUGGCAUCUGCGGGAAGGCCUUCAGUCACAGCUCAGCACUCAUUCAGCACCAAGGUGUACACACAGGCGACAAGCCCUACGAGUGUCGGGAAUGUGGGAAGACGUUUGGCCGCAGCUCCAACCUCAUCCUUCACCAGCGAGUUCACACUGGAGAGAAGCCCUAUGAAUGUACAGAAUGUGGAAAAACCUUCAGCCAGAGCUCAACUCUCAUUCAGCAUCAGAGAAUCCAUAAUGGAUUGAAACCCCAUGAAUGUAACCAGUGUGGUAAAGCCUUCAACCGAAGCUCAAACCUCAUCCACCACCAGAAAGUUCACACUGGAGAGAAGCCAUACACGUGCAUUGAAUGUGGUAAGGGCUUCAGCCAGAGCUCACACCUCAUUCAACAUCAGAUCAUCCACACAGGCGAGAGGCCCUAUAAGUGUACUGAGUGUGGGAAGUCCUUCAGUCAGCGCUCGGUCCUUAUCCAGCACCAGAGGAUCCACACUGGCGUGAAGCCCUACGACUGCACUGCAUGUGGGAAGGCCUUCAGCCAGCGCUCAAAGCUGCUCAAGCACCAGCUGACCCACACCAGGGAGUGAAGCCAACCCCCGACUCAGCCGGGCCUACUCCCUGCCCUCCACCUGCAACUUCUGUUCACAAAGCCUGGGACCCUCCUUUGGGGCAUUUUUCGAAGGCUCUCUCUUGCCACUGCACCCAGCUCACAUAAUCUUACUGGUUUUUUUUACAUUUUGUUAUGAGACUGCCAUGUUUGUUCGGAGGGAAAAAAUGAUAGAGGCUGCAUAUUUAUGAAGUUUAUUACUAUAAUCAAACAUAACCAAAAAAGUAAAUGACAUUUGCUUCAAAGUAACCACAGUAAUUAUUAUUUUGGCGGGGGUGGGGGCUAGUCACUAGAAAGGAGUACUUUGUUAGUGGCUGUAAUCCAUAUUCUGUUUACAUAAAAUAAGGUCAAGAGUUUUUCAGGUCUGAUUGCUGUCACCCUUCUACAGGGUGGUGUGUACUCAUUACUUGUCCAUUCCAUAUCUAGACACAAGACUCACAUGCUGCUCCCUAUCCUUUACACCAAUCUGUCGUCGGCCACGGUGCUUUCUCCUCACAGCUCCACUAUGAUUCAGGUCCCUGCUUAAGGCUGCUGCACAAUGACACAUGUGGCUGUUUCCCAGCUUCCAGUUCUGUGCCUUAUAGUCUUAGUUGUUGGCCCACAGACAACUCUCUUCUUGUCCCUCCUGUUCUCUCUACGAUCUCCCAGCCUUAGGUUUUAUUCCCAGGUCCAUUCAUCACCAGAUAUUUGUGAGGUACAUGUUAAGUGUUUCUGGAAGGGGAGGACUGACCCUCUUCAGUUUCCCAGAGCUUUGCCCACAUUCCCUGAGCAGGGGGAUCUUGGCCCAGAAGCAACACAUUUGCCAACGGGAGGUCCCUGAUCACCAACCAGCAGGUCUCAACCUGUGGGUGUGGUAGGGUGGAUGGGUGGAUAGGCCCCUCCUGCACUGUUCCAGGAGGAAAUGGACAGGUGUGGUCAGAUUUGUAAAUACGGUGGGAAGGUAAGGGUUUGGCUUCUGUGUUUCCAGUGAGGAGAAAGGUUGUAGGUCUGAAGAGAAUAAAGUGUGGGAGAGUUGGCUUGCAAAGGUCAGUCCCAUGGGCUUGGAGCAGAAUGGACUACCUGCCCUCAUUUCAGAGACCAUCAAAAGUAGCCUAUCACUUGCCCAGCCGGUGUGGCUCAGUGG